UGCUUAGAUGACCAGAUGUGGGUUUUCUGUCCACAUCUUUGUGUCAGAGCCACAUGCCUGCGCGAGGCUGCGCGCUUGUUCCUCCUCCUCCGGGCGCGCACGCACGCGUCGGGAGCGCACAGAGGGCGCACCGGUGUCAGUUUGCGCCAGCCCUCCUUCGCAGCAGCAGUGACUCGGAGCAGGAAUUUGGGGAGUGGAAAUUCCGCUAUUUACUCUCGCGGCUCGUCUGGAGACAGAAGAGCUGCGGAGCAAAGAUCAGGAGAGCUCCGGACUCGGCGCUUCACUCACCACACAUCCGUUCUAUCUUCGGUCUUAAUUCCUCACUUGGAAGUAUGUCAGCGGCUGCUGCUGGUCAGAAGUAGAAGGUGUGAGGAAGAACCCAGAGCUGCUGACACUUAUGGGUUUUCUCUGGUAGAUUCUUGUUGGAAUCUGGAUUAUUUCCGUUCCUCCUGGAGGCGCAGCUGGGUUCUGGUGCCGCGGCUCGCAGGAUGCUGGGGACUCUGCAACCACCACGACUCUCACUUUGAGAUCAUCUCGGGCUAUUUCUCCUCUCCGGACCUAAACUCCACUCCCUCCUUUGGGCUUUUUUCUGUUUCCUUUUUUAUUUUAACAGAUUUGUUCCGUUUUGUCAGGAUGCGAAGUGGAUUUCUAUUGUUCCUUUACACCCAAGUCAUCUUGGUGUCUUCGUUGACUCAGACCGAUAAAUGCGGGGGGAGCAUAGUGAUCCACACCGCGGAUUACCUGACCUCCCCGGGUUACCCGGGUGCCUACCCGCCUUCCCAGCUCUGCAUGUGGGUGAUAACCGCCCCGGAACCCGGGCAGAAAAUCCUCAUCAACUUCAACCCGCAUUUUGAUCUGGAGGACAGAGACUGCAAGUACGACUAUGUGGAAGUUUACAACGGGGGCGACGAGAUGUCGCCCAUGCUGGGGAAGUUUUGUGGGAAAAUUGCACCUUCUCCAAUCAUCUCCAGCGGCGGGCAGCUCCUCAUCAAGUUCGUCUCCGACUACGAAACUCACGGGGCGGGGUUCUCCGUCCGAUACGAGGUCUUCAAAACAGGUCCGGAGUGCUCCAGGAAUUUCACCGCUCCCAGGGGCGUCAUUGAGACGCCGGGAUUCCCAGAGAAGUACCCCAACAACCUGGACUGCACCUUCAUGAUCUUUGCCCCCAGGAUGUCGGAGAUCGUGGUGGAGUUCGACAGCUUCAGCAUGGAGCCCGAUUCCACGCCGCCGCCGGGCGCCAUCUGUCGAUACGACUGGCUGGAGAUCUGGGACGGAUUCCCAGCAGUGGGCCCUCACAUCGGCAGAUACUGCGGCAGAACGUCUCCGGGGCGAGUCAUCUCCUACACAGGCGUCCUGUCCAUGACCAUCACCACCGACAACGCCAUUGCCAAGGAGGGAUUCUCAGCCAACUACACCAUCCGUGAGAGGAGCCUCCCACCUGGGCACGACGACCAAGAUUUUGCCUGCAUGGAACCUCUGGGUAUGGAGACGGGGGAGAUCUCCUCGGACCAGAUCUCUGCCUCCUCCAAGUACAACUCCAACUGGUCCCCGGAACGCUCCCGCCUCAACUACCAGGAGAACGGCUGGACGCCCUCAGAUGACAACAUCAGGGAGUGGAUUCAGGUGGACCUUGGCUUUCUCAGAUUCGUCUCAGCGAUCGGGACUCAGGGUGCCAUUUCCAAAGAGACCAAGAAACAUUACUACGUCCGCUCCUACAAGGUGGACCUGAGCUCCAACGGAGAGGACUGGGUCACGGUGAAGGAGGACUCCAAGCAGAAGAUCUUUCAGGGUAACCACAACCCGACAGACGAAGUCCGCGCCAUCCUCCCCAAACCCACUCUGACUCGCUACAUCCGGAUCCGCCCUAUGACCUGGGAGCAAGGCAUCUGCAUGCGCUUUGAGCUCUACGGCUGCAGGAUUUCAGACUACCCCUGCUCUGUGAUGCUGGGGAUGGUGUCAGGUCUGGUCUCUGACGCUCAGAUCAGCGCCUCGUCCUUCGCCGACCGUGGCUGGGUGGCCGAGAACGUCCGGUUGUUAACGGGGAGGUCGGGCUGGACUGGCCAGCAGACCAAACAGCCUUUCAGGAACGAGUGGCUGCAGGUGGACCUGGGCCAGGACAAGAUGAUGAGCGGCCUGGUGAUCCAGGGAGGGAAACACCGGGACCGCAACGUCUUCAUGAAGAGGUUCAAGGUGGCCCACAGCCUGGACGGAGAGACCUGGACCAUGGUGAAGGAGGAAAACACCACCAGACCCAAGGUCUUUGUGGGAAAUCAGAACCACGAAACUCCAGAACUCAGAUCAGUCGGGUCGCUUCUGACCCGAUUCGUCCGGAUUUACCCUGAGAGGGCGACCAUCGAGGGGGUGGGGCUCCGACUGGAGCUGCUGGGCUGUGAACUGGACGAGAUCACCACCACGGCUCCUCCCAUCACACCGCUAGCAUCAACGUUGCCCAUGACCACGUUUGGCGCCACCACCGCCGCUCCGACCACUAUCCCCAGCACCACGCUGUCCGCUGACUGCGAGGACGGACGGGAGCGCUGCGUCGAUGAGACAGAGGCGCCCAACGAGUACGAGGAUCCGGGAGAGACGAUGAGCUCCAACCCCAGUGAGGACAUUCCAGCGUAUCUGUGGUUCGCCUGUGACUUUGACUUCUCGUCAUUCUGCGGCUGGACCAAGGAGACGGGUUCUGGAGCCGAGUGGUUCAUCCAGACCAGCGAGGCUCCUUCUGUCCACAGAGGACCGACUCUGGACCACACAGGAGGAGCGGGGAACUUCAUCUACAUGCAUGUGACGGACACAAACACACCCAGCAAACCCGGGGAGGACCGGGACGAGGCCAUGAGGGUGGCCCGGCUGAGCAGCCUCCCCAUCACCACGCCAGACUCCAACCUGUGCAUGUCCUUCUGGUACCAGCUGAGCGGCGACUGCGCCGGCAUUCUGCUCAUCAAGUACAGGCAGGAGGACGACGACGGCCAGGUCCUGUGGACCAUGAGCCGUUGUCAGGGCAACCAGUGGAGGGAGGGGCGGGUUCUACUGCCUCGAUCCAGCCUCACCUACCAGGUUGUGGUUGAAGGAGUUGCCGACCGACGCAACCCGGGUCACAUGGCAGUGGACAACAUCAAGAUCAUCGAUGGUCUGAACCUUCUGGACUGUAGAGAUCCAGAAGCUCCGACGUCUCCACCCACGGACAUCUUCAUGCUGCCCGUGGACUCCCUGUCCCAGGAGACGGGGGAACUCGGCGGACCUGGGAACAUGCUGAAGACCUUGGACCCCAUCCUCAUCACCAUCAUCGCCAUGUCGGCUCUGGGCGUCUUUCUGGGCGCCAUCUGUGGCGUGGUGCUGUACUGCGCCUGCUCUCAGGGCAGCAUGACAGACAGGAACUUAUCCGCCCUGGAGAACUAUAACUUUGAGCUAGUGGACGGCGUCAAACUAAAGAAGGACAAGCUGAACGGACAGACUCACAACUACUCUGAGGCAUGAGUGGGAGAGGAGGGGGCGGAGCUAAAGCUCCCCGCAACCGCAACACAAAAAAUGCAGCCAGUCAGGAGAGACUAUCACAGGGCUGAGACCACCAAUGGGACUGCAGGGUGGGCUGACAGUGAGCCGAUGAUACUUUAAUUCCUCAGGAGCGGCUAUGAAGGGACUGACCUGCAGGGGGCGCUGUGUAAAAAGCAUCUGUACAGAAAAAAUAGAAGAAGAAGAAAACUACAGAUUCUUUGUUUUUGGAGGUUCUUUGGCGUGUUUUGUUGAUUUUAUGUGAUCACAUGCUGGUGUUGAGACCAAUUCAGAGGGAAAGUAUCGUUACUUUAACCAUUUAUUUGUUGUUUUGGUUUUGAUGCUGUUCUACAGAAAUUAUGUAAAAUUGAAUGUGUGUGUGUGUGUGUGUGUGUGUGUGUGUGUGUGUGUGUGUGUGUGUGUGUGUGUGUGUGUGUGUGUGUGUGUGUGUGUGUGUGUGUGUCACUCAUACACCUGCAUCUAACAUGUGUAAGACUCGAGUGUGUGUGUGUGUGUGUUCUCGCUGCAGGCCUCCUGACCUGCUCCAACAGUGCCUUUUUUCCCGUUUUUCCGUUGCCUCAUUUUCCCGCCGGCUGACGUUCCGGCCCAGGGUUCCUACACAAACCUGCGGGGACAUUUUCCAAACUGUGAUCAUAAAACUGUAUUAUUUGUGUUUCUGUAAUCUGAUUACUGCAGAUCCCCCUCGCCUCGCUGAAAAUUCGCUUUACUACACAGAGCUGAAGGUAAACUAUGAUAUUCCCACUGGAAAUGUGUGUAGGAUCCUGAAUGCAUCAACUCCACGGCACAUGACACAUCCAACGUUUUGUACAUAGGUUUAAUAUAUUUGAGCGCUCUUUUUCUAAGGACUCAGACGCCAGUGCUGCAGUAUCCUUCCUGUGUGAGAAUCUCUGAAAGUGGCUCAAAGCUCUCAGAAACGCCUAUGGAGAAGUGAUUUUAUUUGUAAACAGGGUAAAACGGACAACCUCAGCAGCUGCAAAGCAUAAAAAGAUGUAGAUCCGGCGCUCCAGGCAGAGUUUUUAUGUUUUAGAGUUAAUGUGAUGGUUUCUUCAGUGUUGACCAGCAGAAGUAAAAGCAAACAGAAACCGGCCGAGUUUAUCAGAACAGAGAUUUUCUUUUAACAUUUCAGAAAAACAAAGUUAUUUGAUGUUUUUUUACUUUAAAACUGAAAAUUAUUCAGUGAACAGGCUCGUUUUUCUUUGUUUACAAAGAUUUUACAUUUUUAUUCUAUUUCUGCAAAUAUUUAAUGAAAACUUGCCUUAAAAUUGAUGGUAACAAAAACUAAAAAUCCAACCAUUCAUCAGAUAAUUGUUCAACAAAAGAAAGGAUGGCUAAGAUUUUAUCUUUUUAUAACAAACUGGCCUAAAAAUGUCCUUUUUCUGCUCCGUUAAGCCAGUAUUUUAUUUGAGAGUGAACCAAAUUAUGAAGCUGACAUUUCUCAUUAUUAAAACACAUUUUCUCUCUUCGUUAUGAAGAAAAUUAACCUUUGUUUACUGUUUAAUUAAAUCUGAGUUGUUUAUAAAGCCAAACUCCUCCCUGGGUUUAUAAAUCAGAAGGAUGCUGCAGCGCUUGUCCUGAAAACAAAUGUUGCACUGAUAUAUUUAAAGAGUUUAUGUGUUUAUGAUGUUGGUUUAUGGAGGACGGCGUUGCUUCUUUUUAACGCGGUUUAAAUCCGCCGCGUUAGACUCUGAAAUGUAAAAUUUACAGAGAUGUUUUUCAUUCUCGAAAAAUCUUGUCUAUUGAAACGUAAUGGUUUUAUUUACUUGGUAUAAUAUCACCUUGUGUUCUUGUACCGUCACUGAUGUACGUGCCAUUGUUUUAGGAAUUUUCUUCCGAUGACCAGAUGAAAUGUUUUAUUUUCCGUACCGUUUCUGUAAUUUUGUUGUCUCAAAAACUAAAAAACAACAACAACAACAAAAAAACUAAAGAGGAAAUAAGGAAGUGAAAAAAAGAGGGAAGCAGUGAGGCCUUAUGUGACUAAAGUAUUGUUUGUACUUUGACUUUCUGGUUAGAACCAGAACUCAUCAGUCUGUUGUCGACUCAUCACUGACUAUCACAUUCCAAAGAGUUGGAUCAAAUAAAUGUUUUAAAUUAAAAAAUAAA